UCGACCCCCACCGGCCCAAAACGUGUCCGAAUCAUGCCGACCAAUGAACGUGGGUGUUGGAAAACCACGCGACCUUUGAAAAAGAACAUUUCGAUCAAGAAGCAUCGAUUGAUAAUCAAGAUGUUGGGACGACAAAAACUGAUUUUGUUGGCAAAAACAAGUCGUGCUUUAAGCACAAGUGCUGUAAAUCAUGCUAAAUUAUCGUAUCAGUUUGUGGUCGUUGGUGGAGGCGCCGGAGGGCUAUCGAUCGCUUCAUCUUUGUGCAGAGCUUUUGGCAAGGGGAAAACUGCAGUUGUUGAGCCAUCAGAGUUCCAUUACUAUCAACCACUAUGGACAUUAGUAGGGGGAGGAAUAAAGCCAUUUAGCGACUCGGCAGCUCUGACAAGUGACGUGAUGCCACCUCUUGCGAGCUGGUAUAAAACAGCAGCUGCAGAAUUCCAACCAGAUAAGAACUUAGUCCUUUGUGAAGAUGGUACGGAGCUUGCUUAUGAGUACUUGAUUGUUGCCACUGGUCUGCAGCUUAGAUUUGAUUUGGUCAAAGGUCUACCAGAGGCUCUCCAUACACCUGGCGUUGGAUCAAACUAUUCACGAGACACAGUGUUAGAUACUUGGAAGAAUAUUCAGGACUUUGUUGGUGGAAAUGCCAUCUUUACAUUGCCAAACACACCAAUCAAGUGUCUUGGAGCUCCACAGAAGAUCAUGUACAUCACAGAAGAACAGAUUAGAAAACAAGGUGUACGCCACAGGAGUAAUGUGAUAUUUAACACUGCUCUUGGAAAGAUAUUUGGCGUUAAAAAAUAUGCCGAUGCUUUGACCAAGAUUAUCAAUGAAAGAGACAUUAAAGUAAACUUCUUUCGUAACCUUGUUGAAGUGAAUGCAGACACGAAGGAGGUAGUGUUUGAGGUGUUGGAUGCAGCAAAUCCAAAUGAAAAGAAAUAUGAAACCUACAAGUAYGACUUCCUCCAUGUGACCCCACCCAUGAGCCCUCCUCCAUGUCUAAGGGGUAGCCCCAUAUCAGAUGCCAAUGGAUUUGUCGAUGUAAACAAAUUAACAAUGCAACAUAAAACAUACAAAAACAUCUUUGGUAUCGGUGAUUGCACCAAUUCGCCAAAUGGGAAGACUGCUGCUGCGGUGGCUGGCCAAUCAGGAGUCUUGAACACAAACUUGUUGUUGUCAAUGGAGGGAAAACCAUUGACGGCUGAGUAUGAUGGCUACACAUCUUGUCCCCUUGUGACAGGACAUGGAAAGCUCAUCUUAGCAGAGUUUGACUUUGAAGGCAAUCCCUUGGAAACUUUCCCAUUUGACCAGGGCAAGGAAAGAACAUCAAUGUACUACAUGAAGAAAGACAUCUUACCUGAAGUCUACUGGAAUGGUCUUGUCAAGGGCUUGUGGCCUGGUGUUGGUACUGUGAGAAGAGCGCUGCACCUGGGGCUAAAGAAAUAAGAUCCAUUUCUAUCACUCCAAGGAAUUUUCUAAUAAUUCAUCUGAAUUUUAACUCCCAGAAAUAUGUCAGUGAUUAGCAUCAUGUCUUUCUACCAUAGUGUUUAAUAAUGUUUAAUAUUUAUAAAGCAAAAAUUAACAUAUUAAUUAAUAUGAUCAAAUGUGAUACCAUGACUCAGGUACGUCUGCAUACAUGCAGUUUUAGAUACAGUUGUAGAUAGUGCCAAAAGGUAUUUAAAUAACAGCUGUACUAAAAAGAGUUGUAGAAAAAAGAUGAACGUUCCAUCUAAAUUUGUAG